AUGCUUCUAACGAGAAUGGACCUUUUGAGCCUCCGAUUUAUGGAUAAAAUGAACAACAACAUCGGGAGACUACAUUACGAUGCUGCCCAUUACGAAGAUGAGUCGGGCCUCUCGGGAGACUCCAGAAUACACGGCCUGGCCUCUGCCAUGGGCAGCCCCCGGACAGGCCCUCCUCCAAUCAGUCCGAGUAAAAGGAAGUACCUGGGAGAACAGGUCGAGGACCGCAACGAUUUUGAGAAAGACCCUGUCUCAAAAAUGAGUCGUCUCUUUGCUGCACAACUGGGACAGUCUUCUAAUGGGGACGGUAGGCCGUUACCAUGGAGUCACUGCCAAAACUCGUUCCAACAUGCUUCCUCUGCCAUUAAUGGUCUCCAUGCCAACCACGUGUAUGCCCCUUUGCCUGUAUUUGUGAUGGAUCAGCCUCUUGCAUUGACCAAAAACAGCAAUGAUACUGCAAGGACUUCAGCCCUGUCUGCUGCUAGUGCCACAGAACGUCAGCAGAAUCGCCCAUCUGUCAUCACCUGUGCUCCUGCAAGCAAUCGGACCUGCAACCUCUCAAACUGCCACAUGUCCCCCAGUGGCUGUAGCACCAGUAACGCUAACGCCCGGAGCAAGACAAAUGCUAAUUCUGUGUGUGAUCCUGUGAUUGAGGAGCAUUUCCGUCGCAGCCUUGGCAAAAUCUACCAGGAGCCCGAGCCCAUCUCAAACUCUGUGUCCAUCACAGGGUCUGUGGAUGACCACUUUGCUAAAGCACUAGGGGAAACCUGGCUGCAGAUUAAAGCCAAAGGCAGCGGGCCCCGGAGCCCUGAGUCCUCCUCAUGAUGGAGCGGUUACUGAGUCUGCCACCUAAACAAAUAAGGUUUUUUACACUUGCUCCCUCUCCCUGUAAAGCAGUGGUCAACAACACUUCCAUUUCUGCCAAACUUGAUCUAACUCACUGAGCUGGGAACAAUGCAAGUGAUGUGUAGUUAAUGUUCUUGGUAGGUAGGUAGGUAGGUUGAGUUGAGUGUUGUAAAUUUUAGAAACUGAAGAGAGAGACACACACAACGUGAUCAAACUAUAUAGGGUGGGUUUAGAAUUUGUCCACUAAAGAAUUGGCCUGCUGCUGUUAGCUGUGUCUCUGCCGUUCUUUUCUUCAUAUCCUUUAAUCUCCAGGUCAUUUGGAUUCAUAUUCACUCAAUAUCCUGAAACUUACUUCUGCUCAUGACACAAGCCAUGGCCAAUGUUUGCACUUAAUUUUCUCUCUGGACAAAGUUGUCAUUUGUCUGUACAUUGACAGCACUACCCCAUGUAUCAUUCUGUGAUGGAGGAGAUUUAAGAAAUGUAAAGCGAUAGAGGUUGUUUUUGAGUGAACUGUAACACACCCUCUCUGUCAUGUUUUCUUGCCUUUUCUGUAUUUAACCAUCCCAGUAGAUCUAUUUGAAUCUAACAUAUUUCCAAAGAUUUGCUCCUUCACAAUUGUUAUCUUCCAUAUAUACUGGCCAAGCUGAAUUUGUUUGGUUCAGUCAGAUUUAAACGUUUUAUUUUUUAACAACUGCUUACAUGCAUGAUUCAGAUAGCUGGUAUCUAUUAUUGACACUAUCUUUAUACUAUUCACUGUCAGAUUUUCCUUUAUUUUUGUCAGUAACAGUUUUAGAAAUACUUACUGCUGGGACAGUGUACUCAAUAUAUAUUUUUAUAACGGUAUCCACUAGAUAUAUUUGCAUCUAGCUUGAAAGUACAGCCUCUGGAAAGGCUCCUACAUACAGUUUAACUGGCUUGUCUUUAUAGUUUUAGAAGUGGUGCAGGAUGCUCUAGCUUUGCGCAUGACUGAAUAAUUUGACCAUCUGUAGACUCUCUAUCACAUUGUUGACUAUCCUCAUAUUUAUGCAAAUGAUGAGGUUUAAUAUUUAUGUAUUGAUGUGUUUUCUUUUAAACAAUGCUGAAUGCAUCCACAUGUAUCCUUUUGAAUUUUCAGUUGAAUUAAUCUUGUGCUAAGACAGCAUACAUUCCUCCCCUUGACAGUCAUGCGGAGUUUUCACCUUUUUCCAGAAAGUUAAGACAUACUUUUUAAUUUUCCGUUUUUUCCAUUAUAUGAAACUUAGAUGUAUAAAUGUUUCUUCUAGAAAAGACACUAGACAAACACUUAGAACACUUAACAUUCCAAAACAAACAGUUGGUUAGACUGGUCUCUUGACUAGUAAUAGAUGAUUUCCCUUUGAAAAAGUUAUUCUUUUUUAUGUAUUUUGUGUUCUUUUGAGUACUGGGACUACCACUUGUCAUCUAUUUUGUAUCUACUUAGAUUUGUUCUGGUAAUGCUUUGGCCUUAAGAAAUCUUAUCAGAUUACCAAAAACGGAUGUGAUCUUCACUUAAAAGUGUUGUUUGGUAUUUUCAGGCCUCAGGCAUUGUUCACUGAUAAAGGAAUGGUUUUUGAAGCUUAAGAGAAUGUGAUCUUGAGGGGAAAAAAUGGAGGCUUGAGAUACAUUUGAAUUGAUAUGGGGGGAGUGAUCGUAUAGCUGAUCAGAUGUGGUGAUGUGUUUACCCUGGGCACUCUCAUGAGUCUCCUGUCUGUGUAUAUGAUGAGUCAAACCCAUAGAGUAGGCUGUAAGGACUAUUUUAACUGCAGCUGUCCUUGCACUUGUAAGAUUUUAAACAAAUUGUAAUGGUUCUCCGAUCAUUCUGGACACCGCUAUGGCCAUUUCCUUUUUCAUAUCAGUGGACCCAUUCCAGAGAUUGAUUGAUUGUGAUUAUAACCUUUCUUAACAUUUAGGGUUCAGUUCCAUCAUAGUUAAGUAUUAUGCACUUAAGAGGGUCCACACAAACAUUUACUCUGUCUGUUUCAUAGCGGAUUAUUUUCUGAGCUUCCUCUUGUGUAGGAGUUUGGCCUGUCAAGAUGUUAGACUUGAGGCUUACAUAUUCAUACCCACAGUGUGGAGCCUGCCCCCCUCAUUUGGCACACGUCUCAACCCUCAGUUUGAGCAGAUUCUCCAUGUUCUUCACUGCGUCAGAUGCUCCAGACAGUUUCUUUUUCUUUCACAGACAUGUAAGACCAUCAUUACGCCGUGCGUAAUGAA